GAAAGGGACACGCAAACUUCAGGCACAAGUCCUACGCCGCCUCGCCUAGCUUGCUUAUCUUGGAAGAACCGUUCACACACACCUAUAGCUAGCUAGUUGUAUGCACUACACCUAGAGAAAGAAUCAACCAAGACUUCGUCCCAAAUCAAUCACCAAACCAUCCCUAGCCAAUCUUGAUCUCUGAAACACACCCUGCUAAUGGCGCACAUCGGCGGCGGUGGUCCGCUAUCUUCCGGGAGGGGUCAACAGCAGGAGACGUCCGUCGUGGAGAGCCAUUUCCAGGGCUUGCUCGGCGACGUGAUGGUCGACGACGACAGGUACCGCGCAUUGUGCGGCGCGUUCGGUUACCUGCAGCAGCAGGAGUGGCCGGACCUGAGCAGCGCGUGCUACGCCGGCUUCGGUGCGCCGGUGCCGGGUGUGGCACAGGAGACCAGCAACGGCGGCAACUCCUUCUCCUGCAGCGGCAGCGCCAGCAGCGGCGGCGGCAACUCCAGGAAGAGAAAACCAGACGCGCAUGCCGACGCAAAGAAGACUCUGUCCCAGGGUGACUGCAAGAGGACCAGAGGGAAGCAGCAGCAGCUCUGUGAUCCUGAUCAGAAUGCAGGUAAAGGGAAGCCGGAGAGGCCCAGGCCGUGCACCAGGAAGAAGCCGGAGGUGGCGACCGCCGGCGAGAGGACCGACUACAUCCACGUCAGGGCACGCCGUGGGCAGGCCACGGACAGCCACAGCCUCGCCGAGCGGGUGAGGAGGGAGCGGAUCAGCGAGCGGAUGCGGUACCUGCAGGAGCUGGUGCCCGGCUGCGACAAGGUCGCCGGCAAGGCCGGCAUGCUCGACGAGAUCAUCAACUACGUCCAGUCCCUCCAGAAGCAAGUCGAGUUCCUGUCCAUGAAGAUCGCAGCCUCCAAUCCGGUGGUGAACUUCAACAUCGUCGACGACCUCUUCGGCGGCAGGCGUCCGAGCCCUGCCAUGGCGCUGCCGCUACACGGACAGCUCGACCCGUCCUGCCUCCAGAUGAGCGCCAUGCAGCAGAUGCAGCACCCGCAAGCUGCAGCGUUCGGGCUGGAGAUGCUCGUCGGCAACCAGUGCCCGCCGGCACAGAGCGCGGCUGCCACGCCGGCGUCGGUGUCGGCCGGCGCGUCGGUCGAGUCAUGCCUCGACGUGAACGGAGCUGCUGCUUGGGGCAUUGGCUCCCAGAAUUUGUUCGCUGGGUUUGAUGCACAGUUCCAGUCAGUACAAAGCGAUUGUUUGCUAGACAGCCUCAAAAUGGAAAUGUGAGCAGGAUUAAUUCUCAUUCCUGAAGCUUUAACAACAGCAAUACUUGUGGCUGAAGAUUCUUUAUUCAUAGCAACUGUACUAAUGCAGUAUUCUGCUGGCAAUGAAAGUAGAAAUACAUGUGUGUGAAUUUAUAUA